GGGCGGUACAUGCAACAAUAAGAAAGCUGUAAAACACCAAAGAAGAAGAACAUGAACAUGGCCGCACACAGGAUAGCAUGUUUGGGGUUGAACGCCCUUUAUUCCUCCGUCUGCGCUCCUCAGCAGGCCCUGAGGACCUGCUGGGGGGCGGUGGAGCAGGUGAGAGGUUACUACGUUGACUGGAGGAUGCUGAGGGACCUCAAGAGAAGACAGAUGGCCUUUGACUAUGCCGAUGAGAGGCUACGGAUCAAUGCAUUGAGGAAGAACACCAUCCUGCCCAAAGAGCUUCAGGAGGUGGCAGAUAAAGAAAUUGCAGAAUUACCCAGAGACAGCUGUCCUGUGAGAAUACGCAACAGGUGUAUAAUGACUUCCAGACCUCGGGGAGUGAAGCGGAGGUGGCGACUAAGCCGGAUUGUCUUCCGUCACUUAGCUGACCACAACCAGAUGUCUGGGAUUCAGAGGGCAAGGUGGUGACCGGGAAUCCUUUGGAUUGUAUCAUGAAGAGCAGGACAUCUCAUUUCAGUACAGACUUGUUUUGGCCUUUUACCAUCUGGAGUCUUUAGUCCCACCACUACCCACAAAAAGUCAUUGUUAAUAUUUAAAGUGGAUCCACUGAGAGCAUAUUUACAGUAUUUGUUCGCUGAGAAGGACAUAAAUAUAUAUCCUUUCUGUAGAUGAUGUUUGUCCUGGUCCGUUUGUCUUUUUGUUCAUGAAAAACAACAAAAUGCAUAAUAUUUUAAAAUGUUAAUAUGAAUCCUCAGUGGAGAAAAAUAUUCAUGUGACUUACCGUACUCAGAAAUGGAUGAAUAAAUAUUGUUGUACAUUA